UGGAUCGGUUGAAGAUGGCCGCCGACAUGAGUGUGGCGCUGGCGGCUCUGGUGGAGGAAUUCGUUACCGGGCAACAGGACAGCGCGGCCAAGGACAUAGCCACAGGUGUCAUCGAUGGGAAAUAUGCGGCGCUAGACGUGGUAGAAGCUUUGGGAACAUGUCUCACCAAUCCUGAGCCCAGAACACGAGGCCGGGGAGUACAGCUUCUCUCUCAAGUCCUGCAGGUCUCAUACUCAAUCCUCAAACAGAAAGAAGUGGAGGUUCUGACCAUCUUCUAUAUCGAUCGGUUAAAGGACCAUCACCUCAUUACCUCCCACGUGCUUCAAGGAAUGAAAUUCCUGAGCUUGAGCCCAGUUCUGCCAGAAGGCUUGGCCGUGGCUACUUUGAAGGCCUUGUUUCAGGAGGUGCACGUACAGUCUCUGAUGCAGUCUGAAAGGCAUUCAGUGUACAGCAUUAUCUCAAACUUCAUGGAAACCAGAGAGAAAGAGCUGAAAGGUUUAGGGGCAGAUUUCAUAUUCGGUUUCAUUCAAGCGAUGGAUGGCGAGAAGGACCCCAGGAAUCUCCUGAUGGCCUUUCAGAUCAGCAGAGAGAUGGUCACCAAGAAAUACGAGCUUGGAGCCUUCGUGGAGGAGCUGUUUGAAGUCACUUCAUGCUACUUUCCUAUUGACUUCACACCACCACCGAAUGACCCGCAUGGCAUAUCGCAGGAGGAGUUGAUUCUCAGCCUGAGAGCUAUAUUGGCUUCCACACCACGGUUUGCAGAGUUCCUGUUGCCUCUCCUGAUUGAGAAGUUGGACUCGGAUGUUCAGCCUGCCAAGGUGGACUCUCUCCAGACUCUGACCGCCUGCUGCAAUGACUAUAGGAAGAAAGAGGUGAAGGACUUCCUCCCGGCUCUCUGGUCUUCCAUACGCAGAGAGGUAUUUCAGACGGCCAGUGAGAAGAUUGAAUCCGAGGGUCUGUCCGCACUGCAGGCUCUGUCCACCUGCCUGUCCAGGUCUGUCAUCGAUUCGGACGCUGAGGAUUCCUUGGAUUCCUUCCUGAACAAUGUCUUACAAGAUUGCAAGCACCACCUGUGUGAGCCAGACAUGAAGCUGGUGUGGCCGAGUGCCAAGCUCCUGCAGGCAGCAGCGAGUGGCUCGCACCGAGCGACCUACAAGAUCACCACCUCUGUCCUGCCGCUGUUACUGGAGGAGUUCAACAAGCACACGCAGAGCAGCCAGCGAUGGACGAUCCUGGGAAUACUGGAGAGUUUUAUUAAACUGACGCACAAGUGGGAGCGAGGCGAGGACGAUGAUAAUCCUCUGAGUGCCUUUAAGGAUCAGCUCUGUCUACUGGUGUUCUCUGCCCUGACUGACUCCAGUGUCCAAUUACAGAUUGUGGGAACCAGUACGUUGGCCGUCCUGGGCACACAGCAAGGCUUGUUGGCCACUGCUGAUGUGAAGUUAGCCGUCGAUCAUUUGAACAGACUUAUACUAGAGGAGGGUGACCCACAGGUUUGUGCUGCAGCGAUGGCAGCCUCGGUCACCAUGUCCCGGAUACACCCCUCCGCCUUCAUCACCAGGAUGGUGCCAGCGAUGACAGGGGAGCUGAGCACAGAGCCAAUGGAAGUGAAGGAGAGCAGGGGGUUGCUGAAGGCUCCACGUCAGCGCUGUGUGCAGGCACUGGCUGCCAUCUCCACGCACCCCGACGUCCUGAGGCACACUGUGCCAGUCUUACUGCGCCAUCUCAUGGACAUACAGAAAGGCAGUCUCUGCACAGAGGUGGAGGACGCAGUAUCUGCCUGUCGGAGUCUGCAGCUGGUGGCGGAGCAGUGUCAGGUCGCUGAAGAAAGCAGCGAGUAUUUCCACCAGACUGUGGUUCCCUGUCUGCUGGGGCUGGCGGUCAGGUCAGCGCUACAGGGUUGUGGACCCAGCAUCCUGUGUGAGGAGCCAGUCAUCGCGGCCCUGGGGACAGUGAUCAGCACAGCAUACAGCCACACUCACACACAACCAGCCUGCAGAACCAUCGCCCGGGUUGUAUCCCUGUAUCUGGACGGAGACGCUUCCCUCCUGCCUGAGAACGACCUGCCCAGCACAUUCCAGCCCUUCCAGCCUGAUGAUGCAGCGUGCUUGCAGACUCAGUUGAUCGCCCUACUCCAGGCCGCUGUGUGUUCACUGCCAAACAACGUGGGUGUCCCUCAGCGGGAUCGGUUGUUGGGGCAGCUGCUGGAGAUGUGCUGUGUGAGCGGCCACCGCUUCACAUACACAUCGGCUGCCAAGUGCAUUGCCGGGAUCGUCAACAAGUAUCCUGCCGGUGAGCAGUUGGAUUCCAUCCUUCAGGACAUUCUGAAACGCAUCGAUUCAGGGCCACAAACCAACGCUGGGGACUGUUCGCUGGCCGCCGGCCGCACUCGAGGCUUCACAUUGCUGCUGUGGCUAACGAAAGCACUUGUUCUGAGAUACCAUCCCCUGGCCACUGCACUGACAGACAAGGUAAGGCACCCUCUGCGAGCUGUCACCACAGACCCGGAGCUGGGGCCGGAGGCAGCGGACGGAUUCUCGCUGCUGGUGAGCGACUCCACGGACGUCCUGAACCGAGCCUCUCACGCCGACAUCCGCAUCAUGUACCGUCAGAGGUUCUUCACAGAGAACGUUCCCAAACUGGUGCAGGGCUUCCACUCUGCCGGGAAAGAUAACAAGUCCAACUACUUGAAGGCACUUUCUCACGUCAUGAACAGUCUCCCGAAACAGGUCCUGAUGACGGAGCUGCCCUCGCUGCUGACGCUGCUCCUGGAGGCUCUGUCCUGCUCAGACCAGGUGGUGCAGCUCUCCACGCUCGGCUGCCUGCACCCGCUCCUCCAGGAAGCCCCACAGAUAGUCAGUCUGCACGUGGACACCCUGAUCAGCAAACUCCUCAGUCUGGCCACCAGCCCCACCAUGAAGGUGCGGAUCGCAUCGCUCCAGUGCAUGCAUGCAAUGACCCGCCUGCCUACUCACGUGAUCCUCCCACACAAAGCUCGCACCAUCCGGGCUCUGACCCAGCCACUGGACGACAAGAAACGUCUUGUGAGGAAAGAAGCCGCCUUGGCCCGAGGAGAAUGGUUUCUGUUGGGCAGCCCUGGGAGGUGAGAUCGCAGGCGCGGAAGGGGACAGCUGACCAGACAGAACCUGGGAACAUAGCACAGAGUGACCGAACAGCACAAUUCCUGAGUUACUUCAACAACAACAAAUAACCCCAACAAUAACACGAACAUUGCUAUAAAGAGCGUCCGGUUCAGGUGACGACUGACCGGUGAGGGGAGCAUGUCAAAGAUGAGCACAUUUCAUUCUCCAUCACGUGUGUGUACAUGCGUGUAUGUGGUGGUUUCUGCACUGUUGUACGGAAUAAUAAUCCUUGCAUUUGAUAUAGCGCCUUAUCACGUCUUCGAG